AUGAUUCAGGCGAUUCUGGUUUUCAACAACCACGGGAAGCCGCGGCUGGUCCGCUUCUACCAGCGCUUCCCCGAAGAAAUUCAGCAGCAGAUUGUCCGAGAGACCUUCCAUCUGGUUCUCAAACGGGAUGACAACAUCUGUAACUUCCUGGAGGGCGGGAGCUUGAUUGGUGGUUCUGAUUACAAACUGAUCUAUCGGCACUACGCUACCCUCUACUUCGUAUUUUGUGUGGAUUCAUCCGAGAGUGAACUUGGGAUCUUGGACCUCAUCCAGGUUUUUGUGGAGACCCUGGAUAAAUGCUUCGAAAACGUUUGUGAAUUGGACCUGAUCUUCCACAUGGACAAGGUGCACUACAUCCUCCAGGAGGUGGUGAUGGGAGGGAUGGUGCUGGAAACGAACAUGAAUGAAAUCGUGGCGCAGAUCGAAGCUCAGAACAGGCUGGAGAAAUCGGAGGGCGGCCUCUCGGCAGCCCCCGCCCGGGCCGUGUCUGCCGUGAAGAACAUCAACCUGCCCGAGAUGCCGCGGAGCAUCAACAUCGGAGACCUCAACAUCAAAGUCCCCAACCUGUCCCAGCUCGUCUGA